GCUUGUAUAAUUACGGUACGUACUAUGCUUUCUUUAAUACCUACAACCAUCUUUAUAAGAAGAGGCUUACUAACUGAUAUAAGCUUUUUCCUUUCCUUGUUACCUUCUUCAUACUGCAUUCACCUCGGAUGUGGUUUGAAGAAGGCUCCUAGAAACUUAGGAAUUUAUUCCUUUCCCGGGGUUGUCAUUCCUGUCAGUUCCAGCUCAUGUGGAUGGUGUUCCUGCAGAAGUCCUACCUGUACCAGAGCAAUGUUGUUCCUCCAAUCCCCGCCACCCGCUCAACCGGAGUUAUCCUCGCCCUUUCCAUAUCCUGGAUCCCCCACCGGUUGUAGUCAGUGUCAC